AUGGGUCUGAGUCAAAUUCCAGGCCGAGGGGCGGGUCUCCAGGCACCGUCUCCGGAGGUGGCGACAGCCGGGGCCCCGCCUUCUUGGAUGAGCUCGCCUCUCAAGUCAAAUGGCGACGAUGACGACGAUACCUUUGCGCAACCUGUUCCUGUGUCGAAAUCGGCCACCGUUGCGAAAGACGAAGGUGUUCCCUCCACGGGGGGUUCAGAGCCAGUCGCGUCCACGAGCAUGCCUCCGUGGGCAAAACCGUACAAGCCUAAAACUCAAGAGCCUUCACCCGAUUCUAGUCGCGUUAAGAGUACACCGUCGCUUGGAUCAGGGAUGCCGAAGUGGGGCCAGAAGACCAUCCCGCCAGCACCUAAACAAGCCGAAUCAGGUAUACUUCACACACGCACCCGUCCGCCUCGUUCUACUUCCUCGGAUGUCCAUUCCAGAAGCCCUGCGGCCACAACAAAGACAAAUAAAACAUCGGCCGAAAGCGAUGCGAAAGAUGAACCAGCUGGUGGCCUCGAUUGGCUCCAAAGCCUCGCUCCCCCGACCGCAACAACAGGAGCCGCUCCGAGCCCAUCGCACGAACAGCCAAGAAGACCUUCUGGCGACACUUCUGGAGAAGAAAAAGAGAAAGAUAUUGACUGGCUAGGAGCUGCUUUGAAGGGCGAUCCCUCAGUGGCUAAAUCGGCGGUUGAAACAUUCAGCGGACAAAAGGAAGGCCAACAGGACGACGAUGCUGGGGGUGACGAUUGGCUGGCAAUCGCCAAAUCAAGCGGUCAGGCCAAGCAGAAACCGCUCCAUAACCCCACGGCUAGACGUUCGGUAGCCGUCCCUGCACCCGGGGGAUGGAUGUCAUCCGGACAACUUGGCCUUUCAACGGAGGAUGGCAGCGAUGAAGACGUUGCCGCUAAGGCUAGCGGAGGAGGGGGUAGUGGUAGCAGCGGUGGCAACCCCAUUCUAACCAAGAAGAAAAAGAAACAGAAGCAGUUGUCGGUUAGCGCGAGUGGGCCUGGCGGAUGGUUGAGCUCUGGUGCUCUCGGUGUUACUGUUGAAGAUGAGAGCGACGACGACGAUGACGACGACGUCGGCGGCCCUGGUGGUGGUGACGCUGGUGAAAGCGGCCGAGGCGUUGCCGUGACGAUUGAAACUCAGACCGAAGAAGACAUCGAAUCAAUCACGAAGAGGGGAGCCACAGAGACUGCCAACGUCCCGAAGCUUCCACCCUGGGCCAAGCCGUAUGUCCCACCCCCGAAACCCGACAUCGAGCCAGCCGUAGCUCCUGGAAAAGCAUCUACCUCUGGAGAAGAGGUCGAGAAGGAGGGGUCAGAGAUGCCGGAUUGGCUGGCUGCAGCCGCUGGUAUUCAUUCCGGGCAGGAGACCCUUAAAGUUCUGAGCGAGGAGCCUGGACAAGUGGCUGCCGGACCAGGAGAUGAAGACGGCGGCGAUGGGUUGAGUUGGCUUACGCAAGCCGCUGGAAGCUCAGUGUCCGGUACGGCCUCUCCGGCCGCUCCGUCGUCUGCCCCCGUUGAUUCAGGAAAAGAUGGUUUGGAGACGGGUGGUGGUCUCGAUGACUGGCUGAACGUUGCCAAACACAGUGGCCAGACAAAGCGCAAGUCGGUCGUGACGGUCGCCGCUCCUGCUGCAACCGGUGGGUGGAUGACUUCGGGAAAGCUUGGUAUAUCAACACAAGACGACAGUGACCAAGACGAUGCCGGCAAGACUGGUGGCAGCGUGUCUGCUGUCACCAAGCCCAAGAAGAAGAAGAAGAAGGCUGCUCAGUCACCAGCGGACACCAGCGGUCCUGGAGGGUGGAUGGGCUCCGGUGCUCUUUGGGCACCGGCAGAGGACGAAAGUGGCGAUGAGGAUAGCGGCAGUAGUGAAACUGAUCGAGGUGUUGGCGUGACGAUAGAGACCCAGACCGAGGAGGACAUCGAAGCAGUUGCAAAAAGCGGAGCCACCGAGAAGGGGAAUGCCCCUAAACUUCCACCGUGGGCCAAGCCGUAUGUCCCACCUCCGAAACCCGAAGUCGUGCCAGACAUCCCGCCUGAAGCGAAUUCUGCUCCUCAAGGAGCGCCCGAAAAGCAGGAACCCUUCGGAGCUAUGAUUGAAGAGGCACAACCAACAGCCGGACAAGAAGACAGUGCCGGUGGCGGUGGAUUGAGCUGGCUCACGCAAGCCGCCGGAAGCUCAACGUCCGGUGCGGCCGCACCGAUCGACAAGCCAUCUGCCGCAGUUGUGGACGGCGCGGUGGGUGGCGUUAACGACUGGUUGGCGGUUGCCAAGUCCAGCGGUCAGACAAAGCGAAAGCCCCACGCGACGGCAACCGCUGCUGCCAAGGCCGCAGCCGUUCCCGCGGCACCCGGUGGAUGGCUGUCGUCGGGAAAACUCGGGGUAUCGACGGAAGAAGAAAAUGACCAAGACGACGCUGGCAAGACAGCCGGUAGAUCCACCACGCCUAAGAAGAAGAAGAAGCAGGCUAUAGGGGCUGUACCUGUCGCAAGUAGUCCUGAAGGGUGGCUGAGCUCGGUUGCUCUUGGUGUUCCAGAGGAAGAGAGCGACGACGACGACAACGGCGGCGGCGACGGUCAGCCUAUCCUUGUGACGAUGGAAACCCAGACCGAGGAUGACAUCGAAGGAGUUACCGAGAGAGGGAACGUUCCGAAGCUUCCGCCCUGGGCCAAGCCGUAUGUUCCACCACCGAAAGACGAUGUCGUGCCAGAAUCCACUGCUGACUCAACCGCUGAAAAAACUCCGGAGAAAGAGGAGACCGACGCCUCGGCUGCUCCAGACUGGAUCCUCGCGGCUUUGGGUGAUCAAGAUGCGGACGGGUUUCGCGGUGGGGUCCCUGCAUCCGGAGGUGGUUCGAAGAACUGGCUUUCCCAUGCUGCAGAGCAAGAACCUGGAGCUGGUGCCUCAGACAUGCCCAACACUGGAGAUACCAACGCUCCAGACUGGCUGCAACAAGCCGCCGCCCCUAGCGCAAAGCCGAAAGAUCGUCAGGCGGCAUCAAUUCCUCAGCAGCGAUCCGGCAUCGCAAGAAAGGCCGCCGUCCCGGCGUCGCCCCUCUCGUGGAUGAAACAAGUGAAGCGCCGGUCAUCCAUGGACCUCGACGACCCAACCGUUGAAACGACUGUCGCUCAAGCCAAGGCCAAGGCUGCUCCUGGGGGUUGGCUGCAGAUAGGGGCGCUGGGGGCACCCGAUGCCUUAGCGGAAGAAAACGAACUCGAGCAAGCCCGGGCCGCUUCACCCCGCACCAGGUGA